CAGGCUAUUUGUCAAAUUUUGAAAAUCGUUUUAAAUGAUUCUAUGAUAACUAUAAGCACACUCCAUUAAUAUUUCUGGCAGAUUUACUGUAUUAUUAGUAAAAAACGAUGUAAAAGUUUAAAUUAUCAAAACCGCGCCAAAAACGAUGAUUCUGACUCGUGUGACGUCACACACCAGUAAACAAAUUUCUAACCUCUAAAAAGAUACGUCAGUGGGAAUAACACUGAAGAGAAUUUUAUUAAUUUCCUUUAAAUUUAGAGGCUAAAAUGGUUUAUAAAUGGUGUGUAGUGCCGCAUUGUACAAAUACGUCUAUAAAGGAUCCAAACAAAGUAUUUGUUUCUGUACCAACGAAUCCCAAGAGACGGAAAAUGUGGUUACAAUUAGCUAGAAGAGACCCAAAUUGCAUUUUAACGCAUACAAAUGUGUGUGAAGAUCACUUUAAUAUGGAAACUGACACCAAGAACUAUACCAUGUAUAAAAUGGGCUUUAGUCAAAAGAUACUUUUAGCAGAUGAAGCAGUGCCAACUAAAUUUGAUUGCCAAGAGGAUCGCAAAAAACGGCUGUCCAGUGAGGGAUCUUCUCGAAAAGCAUUCCUUAAAAGGCAAAGAGCUGAUCUUAUUACAGAAUGUCUUCAAAAUCAAAGUGUUACUGAAACUGAAAAAUUGCUAAAAGAUGAAGUUAUGACACAAAUGAUUGAACCUGAAGAAUUACCAAGAACUCAAGACAAAGAAAGUAUCACCAAAUUCACCAAUUCUAUUAUAACUCUAGAAAAAUCUGUUCAAGUAUCAACUAAAGGGAGACAGAGAAAUAAAGAUUCGUCGCCUGAAGAAUCUGAGCCUGAGCUUGAGUCAGAGCCUACAUUAGACCUUAAGAUUGAGCCUACUGAUGAGCAACGGCCACAGUGCGCCACAUGCCACGAAGUUAUAUUAGGGUUCGUGUUCGCGUGCGUGGAGUGUAACGCGCGCUCGUGCUCGGCGUGCGACGCGCGCGGGCUGCACGCGGCGCACCUCGUGCUGCGCGCGCCCGUAGCCCGCCCUGAGAGUCAGUUGAAGUUGGUGCUGAACAAAAUUCGCGACACGCUGGGUCCGGUCAUUGAGGGAACGCCUCGAACAAUCCCGGACCAACCGGUUGAAGAGUCGCCCCAGGAACCAGAUGAAGAGCCACCCCAAGACCCAAAAGAAAAAUAUAUUAUCAAGAUGGAGAUAGAAAUUGAGGAGCACGCCCCUUUUUGGCAUGAGAGCGCGUCGGGUGCUCCUGCUAAUACUGACGAAGAAACCAUUGUUCCUGACGUAGAGCAUCAGUCUAUGUCCUGGGAGGGGCGGGACGCGGGCGAAGAACAAUCUGACUCCUGCACCAUCACGGCGAGCACCUCGUCUAAACACAGUUCCAGGGUCAAAAGAGUGUCGAGUGAUAAAACCAAUGAGAAAUACCCAAAGGCAAAUAAGCGAGCGCGUAGAGCUGUGAAGAAGGAACCCAGUGAUCAGAAGCGUCCAGUUCUGAAGAAGGGAUCCAGUGAUCAGAAGUGUCCAGUUGUGAAGAAGGGAUCCAGUGAUCAGAAGUGUCCAGUUGUGAAGAAGGGAUCCAGUAAUCAGAAGUGUUCAGUUGUGAAGGGAUCCAGUGAUCAGAAGUGUCCAGUUGUGAAGAAGGAAUCCAGUGAUCAGAAGUGUCCAGAACAUUCUAGUGGUAGUGCGGCUCAAGGAAUAAGUCAUUCUCGGCAGCAAACGCGAAAAAGGCGUGGCUCUAAGGCGCGCUUAUCGAAGACAGAAGAUGUUGAAGAUUGUAUUAAAGCACAUACAAUUGACAUUCCUCCAGAAUGAAAAGUUUUUUCCUGAUACGCAAGCAAAUUUAAGUGACAUUUGCUUAAAGGCGAUCUUACCAGAUCUACUCAUUCAUCAGAAUUUUAAUUGUUAUCUCUAGUAUCAUUAGAUACUGUUAAGUAUUGAUUUUGUGUUGUCAGAUCUUUUGUUUUGAAUUAAUUUGAUUUUUAAUUUGGUAAUGGUUAAUGAUGGCAGUAAAAAGUGUAAUUGACUGAAUUAAAACAUACAUUAAAAAUAUUUUUAUAA